GUGUUAUUAUCCAUCAGAAAUUAUUUGCUUUUAAAAUGGAAGGAGAUACAGCUGGCAAAACAAUACAAUGCCGAGCAGCCGUGGCUUGGGAAGCCGGUAAACCCCUCACUAUAGAAAACAUAGAAGUUGCCCCACCAAAAGCACACGAAGUUCGUCUUAAAGUGGUUGCUACAGGAGUAUGUCACACUGACGCAUAUACCCUUGGUGGGACAGAUCCUGAAGCUGGAUUUCCUGUUGUCUUAGGACAUGAAGGUGGUGGAAUCGUUGAAAGUGUUGGAGAAGGUGUUGUUGGAUUCCAGCCAGGAGAUCAUGUGAUUCCUUUGUAUAUUCCUCAAUGUCGGGAAUGCAAGUUCUGUCUUAAUCCAAAAACCAAUUUGUGCCAAAAAGUCAGAACCACUCAAGGUAAAGGAUUUAUGCCAGAUGGUACAACAAGAUUCACAUGCAAAGGGAAAAAGCUCCUACAUUACAUGGGUACUUCUACUUUCAGUGAAUACACUGUUGUUGCUGACAUCUCUUUGUGCAAAGUAGAUAAAAGUGCUCCACUUGAUAAAGUGUGUUUACUGGGUUGUGGUAUUUCAACAGGUUAUGGCGCUGCCCUCAAUACGGCAAAGGUUGAAAAUGGAUCCACUUGUGCUGUUUGGGGCUUGGGUGCAGUAGGUCUUGCAGUCCUAAUGGGAUGUAAAGCGGCAGGGGCCUCCCGAAUUAUUGGUAUUGACAUCAAUGAAGCAAAGUUUGAAACGGCAAAGAUGUUUGGGGCUACCGAUUGCAUUAAUCCUCUAAAAUAUUCAGAUCCAAUACAGAAUGUUGUUGCUGACCGCACUGAUGGUGGUUGCGAUUUUACUUUCGAAUGCAUUGGUAACGUCAAAACCAUGCGUGCAGCAUUGGAAGCUGCUCAUAAGGGGUGGGGUGUCUCUACAAUUAUAGGUGUCGCUGGGGCUGGUCAAGAGAUUUCGACUCGUCCUUUUCAACUAGUGACUGGAAGGGUGUGGAAAGGUACAGCUUUUGGUGGAUGGAAGAGUGUUGACAGCGUUCCAAAACUUGUUGAUGAGUACAUGGCAAAAAAACUAAAGGUGGACGAAUUUGUGACUCAUCAGCUGCAACUCGAUGAAAUUAACAAGUCUUUCGAUUUAAUGCAUAAAGGAGAGAGUCUGCGUGCUGUUGUUUACUUCGAAAAGCCUGCGUUGUAAUGAAGAUUCGGUAACUCUAUUAUCUCAACGUAGUGCAAUGAUUGCUGCCGUACGCUGGCAGCUUAUGCUUUUAAUUAAACAUCCCCUGCAAAUGAAUGUCUUUCUUGUAAGCUGUGAGCAUAACAUGACCCAAACUCCUCAAUACCAAAUUCAUAUCAGUUUUUUCGACAGCUGCUAUUGUGAUGGCUUGUGAAAAGAUAUAAUAAUGAAUGGUGCAUGUGCCAAAAGCUCAAAAGGCAUCAAUGUAAAUAAUUCACUUAAUUUAUUGUAAUGAAUAAUAAUAAAAAACUGCAAUUGUG